ACGGAGGCUACGGCUUGAACGAGUAUGCGUCGGGCGGUAGCCGAGAAACGCAUACGUCGCGCACGGUCCACGAGCUGUAGUAGAGUAUACUCGAGGCGAACACACUGUCGUCACUCGAACCACGCAGCGGUAUUGCGAGGAUGGUCAAGGAGCGCGAGGUGCUAGUUAGCCGGGACCGGAGCACCGGAGCAGCCGGCGGCAAGCCACGGAGACGGCGGCGGAGCGACGAAUGCGUGCUAGUGCACGGACUGUGCUCCACGGCCAUUGCUUUGACCGUGUUGCGCGCGAUAUCGGCCACCGUCGCCGCGGCUGUCCGCACGUGCCUGCACAGCCUGUACGGCGCGUUCCCCGUGGCCAAGCUGACCACCACCCUGACGAAGACGGCCGGCGGCUUGCUUCCGUUGCUCAGCGGAUGGACGUCUUCAGCAGCGCUGUACGCCGCCACGCAGUUCGGACGGAGCAAGGCCACCGGGCAAGGCCACCGGCCCGGAGCCGACCGCUCCAACGCUGAGGAACAGCGGGCCUACGGCCGGUCCAGUUCCGACGACAUGGCCGUCGGUGCGGAUCAAAGGGCCCGUGACCGCACGCGUUCCGACCGACGUAAGGACCGAUCACCGGCCUGGACCGAUCGCGUUGCCGUUACUGCUGAUGGUGACGCGUGGAUGCCGCUGUUGCAGGUGGCGGGACGUGGCCUACAAUCGUUCCUUCGUAGCGGCCGCGGCCACGCGACUCGUUCCAGCCGUUCACAACUACGGUACUGAUCAGUGGCACUAGGUUAGCUUAUGCGCUGCAUUGUUUCACAUCCAUUGUUUGUGGGCAUCUUUUUUUUUUUUUUUAGUAAAAUGUACACAUUUAUAGUGGCGUAUUUACGAGGGGAGGGGUCCAGGGGUACUAGACCCCUCCCCAGAACCUCUCCAAAAAAUAAAAAAUAAACUAAAAUUCUUACAAAUUAGCAGAAUUGGCUAUGUUAAACACCCACA